AUGCGCACCACCGUUGAGGACAGUACCGGCAGCACGGAAGCGACCGCUGCCACCGUCGGCGUCGCGGCGCAUCACCAUCAUCAGCAUCAGCAGCAUCGCGGUACUAUCGACGUCGCCGCCGUCCGGCACCUGGGCGUCGAGCAGCAGGAGCGAUCGGCGGCGGCGCCGAUCCAUCUGGCCACCGCCACGCCGUACCACCAGCUCACCAUCGCCGCGGACACCAACAACAACCACGAUCAUCAUCGGAAUCUCGAGCAUCACGCGGUGCAACGACACGAUCAUUGGAAUAAGUGUAAGUCAGAAACACGGGGCGGCAAGACCGCGGAUUAUUCCCGUAAGCUGCUCGCUGCUGGUGAUGGUUAUGGUGUUGGGCAACUGCAUUCGCCGAACGGCGACAGCGACAACAGCAACGGUAGCCAACGGGCGGUGGCUGUUACUCGUAGCGAGGUAGAACAGCAGCAGCAGCAGCAACAACAGCAGCAGCAGCAGCAACAACAACUACAUCGCCCACGACAGCAGCAACGUCAAGCGACCGCUACCGUUCCGGUUCUCGCUUGCACUAAUCAAUCGUCCAUCACCACGACUACGACCGCCCUCACAGUGGCAUCAAGCAUGCUACUUUUGCAGACACAGAGUCCCUUUGGCAAUUUCGGGGAGUUCCUGAAUAGCUCAUAUCCGGACGCUGCGGAUGCCGGAAGCUUACCCGAGGAGUUGGAUCCCUUUCCGGAACUGCAACUCGGGAAUCCGCAAGGCGUGCCUUCGGUCGACAACUCUGUUCAGUCUCAACAAAGUGUACACCAUCAGCAGCCAUCGCAACCGCCACCACCACCGCCACCUCUCCCCGAAGACAUUCAACCUGAUUCUCUUAGUCCUACGCCGUUACCGAGCUUCCAGGAGACCUACACGCAACGAUAUACCAGGCAGGAACUCCAAAGUCUCGGUCUUAAGAUGGACGAAUGCUACGACACUCCGGUAUAUUGCACCACUACUCAUUAUCCGACUGAGUUCUCGGCCGCGGUGCCCUAUCACGAGCAGCAGUCACAACAACAGCAUCCUCACCAUCAUCCGCAGCAUCAUCAGCAGGCCCCGCAUCAUCAUCAAAGUUACUUCCCCACGGAAUCGGCGCCCACUCCGGCAACGGCGGUUAUACCGGUUGUACCCUCCUCCAAUCUUCGGCAGGACCCAUCCUACGGGGUAACUGUCGCUAUGCCUAUAGUUUACGGGGCACCAUCAGUUAUUGCCGUCGCCACUCCCGUAGUUCCUACCGAUCUCUGUCCCACUGUCGUCACCAGCGUCGAUUCCAGCGUCGUCAUUGGUUCUACUCGGCCGCGAAGGGCGUCAUUGCCCACUCAGAGAUCAGAAUCAGCAAGUAGUGGGAGCACGGAUUCCCCGAAGCCGCGCGGCGGCGGCGGUACCGCGAGUUCCACUGUCAGUUCACCAUCGCCCGGAAGCGGUACCAGUGGCGAACGCGCACCUCCAAGUCCGAGCCAGCUCUGCGCUGUGUGCGGUGACACCGCGGCCUGUCAGCACUACGGUGUACGCACAUGCGAGGGCUGCAAGGGUUUCUUCAAGAGGACCGUGCAAAAGGGCUCCAAAUAUGUGUGCUUGGCCGAAAAGGCUUGCCCAGUAGACAAACGCCGGCGAAACCGUUGCCAGUUCUGCCGAUUCCAGAAGUGCCUGAUGGUUGGCAUGGUCAAGGAGGUCGUUAGAACAGAUUCUCUAAAGGGCCGUCGAGGCAGGCUGCCUUCAAAGCCCAAGUCACCGCAAGAAUCCCCACCGAGUCCGCCGGUCUCUUUGAUUACCGCUCUGGUUCGCGCCCAUCUUGACACAACGCCGGACAAGGCAAGCUUGGAUUACUCACAGUACCGACAACCUAGACCGGGUGAUCCACCAAUAACCGAAGCCGAGAAGAUUCAACAGUUCUACAACUUACUGACAACCUCAAUCGAUGUUAUCCGAAAUUUCGCCGACAAAAUCCCCGGAUUCACGGAUCUAGUGCGGGAAGAUCAGGAACUACUUUUCCAAUCGGCCAGUCUAGAACUGUUUGUGCUCAGGCUGGCAUACCGCACGCACCCGGACGACACGAAGCUGGUCUUCUGCAACGGCGUUGUCCUCGCGUUGGAGCAGUGUCAGCGUAGCUUCGGCGAUUGGCUGCACAGCAUUCUUGACUUCUGCAAAGCCCUCCAUUUCCUGGAGGUCGAUAUCAGCGCCUUUGCCUGUCUGUGCGCUCUCACCCUGGUUACUGAGAGGUACGGAUUGAAGGAACCGCAGCGUAUGGAACAGCUGCAGAUGAAAAUUGUCUCGUCCUUGCGCGACCACGUGACCUAUAAUGCCGAGGCGCAGAGGAAGUCGCAGUACCUGUCGUACCUAUUGGGGAAGAUACCGGAGCUGAGGAGUCUCUCGGUCCAAGGCCUCCAGCGGAUCUUCUACCUCAAGCUGGAAGACCUGGUGCCGGCGCCACCCCUGAUCGAGACGAUGUUUGUCGGUAGUCUGCCCUUCUAAACCGAGCAGCCUCGCCAGCACAUAGAGCAAUUAUUUUCUCAGACCCAUGCGGUUG